UACAACUUACCCAAGCUCAGAUCGUCCACGAACCUUCGUGUGAUGCCGCGGCACUAAUAAAAGCUCUUCACUCUCACAUUUAGAGCGCCCCCAAUUUUUGAGUAUUUCACUUCAGGCAACACCCAAAAGAGAAACCUCCGAAUUGAAGAAGAUCGAUCCAUUCUCUCUCAAAUAAUCGCAAUAUGGCUCAGUCUGUGAAGCCGAUCUCCAGCCCAGUCCCGGACGCUUGGUACCCAACCCUAGCUGUCUUCAUGCUAGCCAUCGGCCUUGUUGUCACCGCUUCAUUUUUCAUCUAUGAAGCUACCUCAUCUAGGAGGCAUCGCAGUCUUGCUAAGGAGCUCAUAACAGGGGCUGUGGCAUCUGUCUUCUUGGGAUUUGGAUCCUUGUUCCUGCUCCUUGCUUCUGGAGUUUAUGUUUAAUUGCACAUUGAUGCGGGUCUGUCUUUGUCAAAACAAGAUCUACGUGAAGGACGAUAAAUUUUGGCAUCUGCAAUUAGAACUUCUUAUGGCUUUUAAUUUGAGGACAGCAUUUUUCGAUUGCAUCGCAUGUUCUUUGUCUUGUGGAGGUGUAGAAAUUUGAUAAAUUGCUGUAGGAAAUCUUUCUAGACUUGCUUCUGGUUUACCAGACACCCAUACCAAACAUUUUAUGUUUGGCAAAACAAAAAAAUUAGAGAAAAAAAUUGAAGAAAAAGAUUUGAACCAAAACUGAGUGAUUGUCAGAAUAGAUCUAGAGCUAUUGUCAUGGGUGUGGGAGCAAUCUACCGCUCUCGGUUUGAUAUGAUCUUGAAGUAUAAUGUUUCUAGAUCAGGCCCAGUGUUUUCAACAUUGAUCAUUAAUACUAUUUUCAUGAAAUUCACCCA